UAGGAGAGGAUUUGAUACCCCCUAUCUCUUUUUGCCCCUCUUUUUAAGAGAUAUAUAUCUUUAUAAUUAACCAAUAUAUAUAUAUAUAUAAACCUACCCAUCUCUCUCCCCCUUUCUCUCUCUCUCUCUCUCUCUCUCUCUCUCACACACACACACACACACAGAGUGGGGAUACAAGUAGUAUAUAUAUAUAUAUAAAGGUGUUCAAAGGAUUUAAAGUCAUUUUCUAAGGUGUCUAGACCAUUCUCUCCUCAAGUUGGAGCCUUCCCCUCUUGAUCACUCCUCUUUUCUCUGAUCUCUUCAAGUCUUCUCAAUUCAGAGAUCUAUAUAUAUAUAUAUAUAUAUAUCAUCUUGGCAAGUUGAGAAAAUAAAUAAGCUAGGAGAGAAGAUGGAAGUGGAACACCACCAGCUCAACACAUGGGAAGGCUAUGUAGAUUGGAGGAACAGACCUGCACUCAGAGGCCGCCAUGGCGGCAUGCUCGCCGCCUCCUUCGUCUUGGUUGUGGAGGUAUUGGAGAACUUGGCAUACCUGGCAAAUGCAAGCAACUUGGUGCUAUAUAUGUCUGAGUACAUGCACUUUUCGCCCUCCAAAUCAGCCAAUUCAGUCACAAAUUUCAUGGGGACUGCUUUCCUACUUGCCCUUCUUGGUGGGUUCUUAUCAGAUGCUUUUCUCACCACCUAUCACAUCUUCCUGAUAAGUGCAGUUGUUGAAUUCCUGGGCUUGGUCAUACUCACAGUGCAAGCUCACUCACCUUCCCUAAAGCCACCAGAAUGCAAGGCAACCAUCCCUGGCAUUGCAUGCCAGGAAGUUCAUGGUGCCAAAGCUGCAAUGCUGUUCAUAGGCCUCUAUCUAGUGGCACUGGGAGUGGGAGGUAUAAAAGGGUCGAUACCAGCACACGGGGCUGAGCAAUUCGAUGACAACACUCCACAGGGGAGGAAGCAAAGGUCAACUUUCUUCAACUACUUUGUGUUCUGUCUCGCGUGUGGCGCUCUCAUUGCAGUGACACUGGUGGUGUGGAUUGAGGACAACAAGGGGUGGGAAUGGGGCUUCGGCAUUUCCACUCUCACAAUAUUGUUGUCCAUCCCUAUCUUCCUUGCCGGUUCAUCUUUUUACAGGAACAAAAUACCUUGUGGAAGUCCACUUACAACCAUAGUCAAGGUUUUGGUUGCCACCACACUAAACACUUGUUCGACAAAAAGCUCAAGCAAUGCCAUUGUGAGCAUGGCCAUGAGUCCUUCUCCUCUAAUCCCUUCUAGAAAGGAAGAAGAUAAAGCAAUGGAUCAGCCCAUGGAAGCCCCAACAAAAUCCCUAAAAUUCCUCAACAGAGCAGUAGCAAACAAGCCAGUCCACACAGCUCUGGAAUGCUCGGUACAGCAAGUCGAAGAAGUCAAGAUUGUGCUCAAAAUCCUCCCAAUCUUCGCCUGCACAAUCAUGCUCAAUUGCUGCCUAGCUCAGCUCUCCACAUUCUCAGUCCAACAAGCAGCCACCAUGAACACAAAGCUCGGCUCCCUAAAAGUCCCACCGGCAUCCCUCCCUGUCUUCCCUGUCCUCUUCAUCAUCAUCCUUGCACCACUCUACGACCAUUUCAUCAUCCCCUUUGCGCGAAAAGUCACCAAAACAGAAAUGGGGAUCACUCAUCUCCAACGCAUAGGAACCGGUCUAGUCCUCUCCAUUCUGGCCAUGGCAGUGGCAGCACUUGUGGAAGUUAAACGAAAACGAAAAGCAUCUGACUUAGGGCUGCUUGAUUCACCCAACCCAUUGCCAAUCACAUUCUUCUGGAUUGCUUUUCAGUACUUGUUCCUCGGAUCAGCUGACCUUUUCACCUUAGCUGGGCUGUUGGAGUUUUUCUUCACAGAGGCGCCAAGUAGUAUGAGAUCAUUGGCUACCUCUCUCUCUUUUGCCUCAUUAGCCAUAGGUUACUACCUCAGCACAGUCAUAGUGUCUGUAGUCAACAGUGUGACAGGUGACUCCAAGCACCAGCCAUGGCUCUCCGGUAGCAACCUGAACCACUAUCAUCUGGAGCGAUUCUACUGGCUCAUGUGCGCGUUGAGCGGAUUGAAUUUCGUGCACUAUCUGUUCUGGGCAAACAGAUACAAGUACAGAUUGACAAGAGAUGAUGAGUAAACAAGCAUCAAUAUUUACUCUGUCAUGAAGACUAGCCUUUUGGUAUUAUAUAUUGUGCAUUGUGCCCAAGAUUUGAUGCUGCAAGAGGAGAAAUCAUACAUUUGGAUGAUUGUAUCAGAGCAGAUCAGAAAUUUUGGGGCACUAUGUUUGUUUUGUAAUCAUUUAUGCUCUUGUUAUAGUAUGCAUAUCAAAUGGUUUAUGGUUUCAGACGCAAUUUUACAUUUUCCAGCUACAAAGUUGCAGAUGACUUUGUUUC